GCCCAUUUGGUGAGUUUUCCCCAGGGGCGCCCGGCUGUCCUCAGCCGGAGACCGAGCGCAGGGGUGGGUAUAUUUGGUGCCUUCUUCAUCAGGGCAGCCUUGCUUUGCCUGGAGAUUUUCUGCAUUCUCUAUCCUGCUGCCUCCCCCCUCGAGAUCUAAAUGGCUCCUGGGAUCUGCUGCAGUGUUAGAAUCCUGUUUCUUCUCAGCAGGCAUAAACAACAGCCGCUGAGUUCCUGCUUCAGUGUCACCAUGGUGAUGAAAUUCUUCUGUGAUUAUCUGGGGAAAUGGCAGUGGCUGUGGGGUAGUGGUUGAGUGACGUCCUUCUCUCUUCCCCACCUGCGAUGGAUCUGGUGGCAGGGAGUUGCCCUGGUUCAGAAGUUCCCGGAAGGCGUUUAAAAACAUCUCCCAGGCUUACACUGAUCGCAGCAGAGGUUAUUUUGAGCCCAAGCCUCCAGGGAACGGGAUGCCUCUUCAGUACGUGCAGAGCCACGUUCUCUUCCAAGAGAAGGGCAGACUGCUCCCCCUCCCCUGCUCAUCCUCACAACAACCCUGCCAGGAAGGCAUCUCCGAGGGCAGCAGACCAUGAGCAAUGAUUGGAGUUCAUGGGAGAACACCACGGAAGGCGUGACGGCAGUACCUGGUGAGGUGAGCACCCAGGAUGGGUAUAUCCUGCUCCUGGUCCUUCUCUCCGUCUUCAUCGGGGGCACUGUGGUGCUUCUUUUUGGCAUCCUAAUCAUCUGCCGGCGCUGCUGUGAGACGGACCGUCGGCAUUCCAGAGCCAGCGAUGACCCAGAGAAAACCAACACUACCUACCUGGACGACUUGCAGCCCGCUCAAGAGAUCACCAUCAAGGUGGAUGACCCCGACUGCAUGUCCAGCUCCAGCUACCGCGAUGCGGAGAGCGAACGUUUCCUGUCGUCGGGAAGCGCCACGGGGCGGAGGGUCUCCUUCAACGAGGCCGCGCUCUUCGAGCAGAGCAAGAAGACCCAGGAGAAGGGGAGGAGGUACACCCUGACGGAAGGGGACUUCCACCACUUGAAGAACGCCCGCCUCAGCCACCUCCCUCUGCCUCCCUCUGCUGCCCUCAAAAUCGUCACGAUACACGAGUGCGAAUCCAACGAGAACAGCAUCGCCAUGACGCCCCGCCGGCCACCCGCCAAGCCUGGCCUCGCCAUCUUCCAGCCCCCAGGAGCCACCCUGCCCCAGACCGCGCUCAACAGCCACGGUUUGUGUCCCAGCUCAGCCCUGCCGGGGGACACCUACAACUCCACGGUGGAGCCCGGUCCAGCCGCCGCCUCGGACUCCGGCGAGGGCGUCCCGCCCGACGGCUCAGCCAGGAGUCCCAAGGGGGCCGGGCCGGGCACUGGGGAAGCUGCCCCGCCGCCCGCCCCGGGCACCGUCCUCCACUUCUUCACCCGCUUGCGACGCCACGCCAGCCUGGAGAGCGCCAGCCCCUACUUCCGGAUCAAGAAGUGGAAGCUGGAGACCAGCCAGAGGGCCUCCAGCCUGGACACGCGAGGUUCCCCCAAGCGCCAUCAGUUCCAGCGCCAGAGGGCGGCUAGCGAGAGCAUGGACCUAGAGGACCGCGACGCCCACCAGACGGACAUCAUCCAGUACAUCGCCCGGACGGAUGACGUGGCCUUCCGUCCCGUGGCGGGGCCUUUCCUGCCGGCCCCAGCCAGCCCCACACUAUCUCUCGGCAGGUUAGAAUCGCCAGAGCCCCCCGGCCCCGCCUCCCCCGAGCCCCCCCCAGCAGAGCAGCCCCCCAUCUCCCUCUAUCAUGACAUCUGGAGUCUGCGGGCCUCGCUGGAGGUGUCCGCAUCGUCGGAGCAGGGGAACGACCGGGACUCAGUCCGCAGCGACGGGAGCGAUAGCGUCUCCUCCUUGGCGGGUGGCCUGCCCAGCUUCCCUUCCUCCCUGGCCGAUGAGGCUGAGGGGACCGAGGAGAAGCUGGGGGGCAGGCCCAAGCAGGCCAGUGUGGGGCCGGAGGCCGGGACCCGUAAGCUGCUGCAGAUGGACAGCGGCUACGCUUCCAUCGAGGCUCCGAGCGGCCGUGUGAGUGAGGAUCAGACGGCCUCCGAGAAACGCUACUGCUUCACCAGUGCGGGGCGCAAGGCCACCAUCUUCGAGAGCUUUGAGGGGCAGCAACUGGAAGAGAAGGAGGAAGAGGAGGAGGAGGAGGAGGGAGGAGCGGCAGGCGGGGAGUCCCCAGAGAGCCCUCUGGUGUGGGCCCCCUACGGGCAGAUGUUCCCCACCCGGGAGCCCCUGCCCCGCCGGGACUACAGCAUUGACGAAAAGACCGACGCCCUCUUCAAUGCUUUUGUCCGCCACGACCCCCAGUUUGACGAGUCCCCCCUGCGGGCCAAGCACCGCUCCCGGACCCACCUGCGCAAGCAGUGGCAGCGCACCAAGCAGUACAGCGACCCCGGGGUCCGCUACCCUCCCGCCCUGGAGAGGCACCGGACCCCGCUGCGGAGGGGCGACAGCGUCAACUACCCGCUGGAGGGGCGCUACCACAGCACCCUGCCCCGCAUCGUCAGCUCCGGGGACGAGGAAGUCGCCUCGCCGCCCCCGGAAGCCAGCGACAAGAUCCAGGUCAUCGAGGAAGAGCCCCCCGAGGAGGCCAAGACGGCGCCCGACCCCUAUGGCGGCAGCUGCCUGGGGGGCGGCGAGUGCCUGGGGUUGGGCAGCCUCGGCACCGACCUGAUGGACAAGAUUGCAGGGGGGCUGGAAGACAGGUUCUAUGGGCCCUUGAAAAAACAGAGAGAGAGUCCCGAGUGCGUGGCGGUUGUGGCAGAGGCCUCUCCUGACCCUAGCCCGGAAUAGCGGAGGCCAGGAAGCAUAGCCGCCUACACGUGAGGUGGCCACACCUCUCUCCCCAGCACUGGCCGUGCCACCACGGGACUUGCCCGCCAACCAGGGCACAGGGCACUCCGGGGGCGCGAGGGUGCGAGGCGACCUGGGACCAAUCCUCUCCGUAUCGGCCGGCCUGAUCUGCCCGGUUCCGCGUGGGAGACCCCUGCCACGUUCUAGGUGGCCGUAUCCAACCAGGAGGCACCUGCCGUGGUCGGAGGUCAAGGGAGGGCGAAUUUCCCGGGGGAAGCCUCUGUCCUUAGCCAGGAAAGGGGGAGUGGAGAUACUGGCCCGCUGGAGUCUGUCCAUGGAGGUCCAGUGUACCCCGGAAACAGCGGCAAGGUCAGGCUAGGCUUGCCUCCCGCUGGUGAGGAUUCGAGGGGAACAAGGGCUUCCUUCCCGGGGGCCUCUGCUCCCUUCUCGCGAGCACCCGAGAUGGGGGUGGUUCCGAGCCCAGCUGGUUCCGGCCCCUCCGAAGCGGGUUUGCCAAAGCAGGCACUUCGAAUUGCACAGCCAGAAAGUUAAGUUUGAAGGGACCUUUUUCCUGAAAGGAAUCCCCCCCGAAAAACCUAGCGGAGGCCCAACACUUACCUCAAGAUGUGACAAGCUGGUGGUUGUAGCAGAUAUCGAGACUCCUUCACAUUCACACACACACACACACUCUCUCUCUCUCUGUUUUUUUUACAAGCAAUAACCAUGUCUUUCCCCCUGCACACCUUGCUGCUGCUGCUGUCCUUGGGAGUAGUGGUGGUGGUGGUGGUGGUGGGGUGUUCCUCAUGGCGGGAGGUGGUGGUGGCGGCACCACGCCUUCCAGAUGGGACCAGACCUCCCAAGACCUGGUGGCUGGGUCCAAAUCGGCCAGGGUCCUCUAAGUGACUUUUGGACACGGAAAAGACAUCGGCAGCGUCUGAAUAUGUGUGGCGGAAGCGUUGGGGGAUGCCGCGUCUUCAUUCAGAGGGCAAAGCCCCGUCUCUGGGAGGGGUGAGCCCCAGAUUAAGGUGUGCCGUGGGAGCUGUGGCUUCUGGUCCCUUUGACUGCACAGCCUCACCUCUCUAUUCCUGCCCUGGAUUGGAGCUCAGUUUUCCCCAGGUGCCUCGGUUCUGGAGGGUUUCCCCUGGCUCCCGCGUUUGUAGGCGUCCCCCAGCUCCUUGAUUCUGUGCCUCCCCUUACCCAUCCCUCUCGGGGUCUUCAAGGGGCAGGACAUGGAGCCCCAUCCGCAAAAAAAAAAGACACACAUCAUAACCUCUCUUGUUCCCACCCCGCAUGGCCUGGAUCCCGCCCCCCCCGCACAUCUGGCCUGGUGGGAAAGUACCAAAUUGCAUCAUGUGGGCUUGGCAGGUCUGCUGAACGGCUUGACUGUGGGGGCUUUUGCAUGGCCCAAGCAAGGUGUGUGUUUCCCACCCCCCCAAAAAAACCUUUGCUAGCCUGCAAUAUAGCAGAGAUCCAUUUGGUGGGGGUGGGGUUGAGGCCGUGCAAGUGUUAUUGUGGGGUGCGGGGAUAAUUUUGUGAGAGAUCCCACCGUGCCUGCAUUUAGAAGGCAGAGCCAGGGUGAAGUGUGCCGUCAAGUCCGUUUCGACUGCUGGCGCCCACAGAGCCCUGUGGGUGUCUUUGGUAGGAUACAGAAGGGAGUUGCCAUUGCCUCUUCCCGCACAGUAUGAGAUGAUGCCUUUCAGCAUCUUCCUAUAUCGCUGCUGCUCGAUAUAGUACCAGCGGGGAUUCGAACCAGCAACCUUCUGCUUGUUAGUCAAGCAUUUCCCCACCACACCACUUGCGGUGGUAGAGAGCCUGAAUUGUCCCCUUUGCUAAGCAGGGUUAGCCUUGGUUUGCAUUUGGAUGGGAGAGUGCAGGUGAGCACCGUCAGAUAUCCCCCUGAAGGGGUGGGGCCAGAGCUCGAUGAACCAAUGGUCUGACUCAGCCCAAGGCAGCGUCCUAUAUGCCCAUGUCAGCUUCCAAGAGGUGGGGUGAUUUAGCUCAAUCUAGGGCAGGGCCAUGGCGGGAGGCAGCUGUGUGCAGAUAACCACCCCUGACCCUUUCCCAAGCAGAAGCAUUGGGGGGGGGGGAACCUGACCAUUUCCCCCCCUCCAGAUACCACUAAAGCAGGUUGGUCAUGUUUAAUUUAUUAUUAUUUAUUGUAAUUAUUUUAAAAUAUAUACACAGACAGGUGACUUUGCUGCACCUUAUGGCAGAGUUUGGAGCAGUUUCAUUGUGCUAUGAUAGAAGCUAAAUGCAGAAUUGUGGCGGGGGGGGCAGGAGCUGCUGUCCAUACCCGAUUACUUGUGGGGCCCUCCCCCCCACCAUUAUCUCUCAGUCAGGUGAAGAGGGGGGAAUAGACUUGAAUGUAUCGCUUUCUCCUCCCCCCCCAACAUUCUAAUGCUUCAAUAUGUGCAUGUAAGAAAGUGGGUGAGGUGGUUGCUUUAAAGGGGCCUCUCCCUCUCCCCUUCUUUUGCAAAACCAUCUUCCAAAAUGUUACAUUGUGGGGUGCUGGGGAAUGAAAUUUUUGUAUUUUAAGUAUACAGUGAGAGGCGGGGGCCAGGUGGAGGAAGCGCUGCCCCCCCUGCCCCCUUUUGACCAUUGCACACCUCUGCUGUCUAUUUUUUGCAUUUGCUGAGAGCUCAGUGAUAGCAGGGGAGAAAAACAGCCAUCUCCCUCCUGGGCUGGAGACCGCAGUUUAAAAACAAAAACCUUUUGGAAAAGACUUUAUUAAAAACCAUGUGCCAAAGGGC